GUUACAGGCAUUAACAACCUUCCCAAAUAUUUUCAGGGAUCCCAGCAUGGUCUUGAUUGUAUGACAACAUAGCAUGAUCAGAACAUCAUAUCGACUUUCUCCUGGAGAUCAAAGCAUUUACAAAUGGCAAACUUGAUUCGUCACUGUCCCUUUUUUCAAGUCACCAGUCCAGUUUUCGUGUGCCUUUUCAGGGGGAGAGAGGGGGCAUUAAAACAGUCUUUGGGUCUGGUACAAUGUUAUAAUGCAACAAUUUUGUUCUGGGAGAAAUUAUCUACAAAAUGGUAAUUCCCCUCUGCUAUUAGAACCAUGCAGCUCAGAAAGGAAGACAUUCUGCAGAGGAGUAAUACACUGUUCUUAAAAGAUUGUGGGUUGCUCCAAAGAAACUAAGGGUGUUUCCAAUCGGAGUGUAUAUUCAGAAUCCUCUGUGGACUUUGAUUGCUAAUUCAGUAUAGGCAAGACAGCUAAUGUUGAAUAUGUUACCUUUAGUUAGACAAACAUAUGUUUUAAUACACAUGCAUUGGGGAAGAUACUUUCUUCAGGAUUGACAACUCUGGAGAAUGAAGUUCUCUCUAGCUACAGAUCAGGUACAGUGAAGGUAGUGGCAGAUCAACCUUACUGGCAAUGUACCUAAGCCCUGACCUGGACGGACCACCUUGGAAACAUGAUAGAGGAGUUCUCUCUCUGAAUUUGUUCACUCUUUGGCUUCUCUGCCAAGUUUGAAAAUGGAACCGGUUGGCCCACUUGUUGACAAAGGUAUUUUUUCAUGAUUGGGCAUGCCUCUCCACCGAAAACUUGACUGAGAUCCAGCAACUCACUUCACACACACCACCAGACAGCCAUCAGACAGUAACCCCUUUAAUUCACUACUGGCUUGGGGUUGAAUUGGAACUGUUAACCUACAGAUGAAAGGCCCUAAAUCCUUUUACCAGACCCACAGCCAUUUAAUUUUUUUAAAUAAACAAAAGUGUAGAAUAACCCAGACCAAGGAAAUCUGUAGCCCCAAGGUUUUUUGUUUUCAAUCUCAUUUGCUGGUCCAGUAACCAGGUAUCCAAUUAUCUACCUUGUCCAUCAUUGGCUUGAGCAUUGGUAUGGCUAUGAACAUUUUCUCUUUGUUCAUUAGAGUGAAAUAUAUUGUGGUUCAGAUUGCUGAGUGCUCCCGGCCGUAAGGAACUCUUUACCUUUGAGUCACGGCAGUAAGAACCUCUCAACAUGCCGUUGAUUUGACUUUGUAACUUAGUUCAGUGUAAUAGAUAAGGGAAGUGGGCUAGAAUCUUAGCUGUGCUUCUUCCUAAUUUCUAGAUCUCAAGGGAAACAUCAUUGAUGAUCGUAUACCUUUAAAAAAUGUUUAAUCUUAAUUUAACCCAUUUCUUCUUUUAAAGUGCUUUGUGGGAUACAAAUUGCACCCUGGCUGCAUAUGCCAUGUGGGGGGGGAAACUUUUAUGUUUCAGAGUAAAUUGUUUAUAAUGAUCCAGGGAGCUUGAGUUUUACAUCUUUGUCUUCUGCGAAGCUACCAUCUGUUCGUUCUUUCACCCACUCUGUUGUUGUUCUGUAUGAGAAAAUAAAGAAUAAACACUGAAUUUCUGCCUAGGGCUUCCCUUUAAAGCGGCAUACUACAGAUGGUUUAGGUUUUUGCUAAACAAAACUAAUCAUAUUUCAAACCCUAAUAACAUACAUGAUUUCAGGAUUGUUUAUUCAUUUAAUUUAAAACAGGCUUUUUAAAUAAUUCAGCCAUUCACCUGCAGAAUUGGCAGCCCAAACAUUGCAGCAGGAUUUUCAGCCCAACCAUAGCUACAUUGCAAUCCGGGCAUAAGAAACUGAAAUUGACCCAGCUAAGUAAAAUUUAAAAAGAAAACCACAUAAUUGGUAAAAGUGUAAUUUCAACAACAUACCCUAGGUGAAGUAAUAUUCUUCCGAGGUGGCUUGAAUUAAAGCCCUUAUCCUGCAGUUGGAUUUUGGUGGGUGCAAAGUUCUGCCCAUGUGGAUCCAAUUGCAGGAUUGGUACCUACAUUCUCUGCAUUUUACUGUGCCUAGGUCUCUGAUGGUGCCUUAAAAACGGAGGCUGUCUCUCUUCAGUAUGAAAGAUCCGGUGGUGCUUUUUACAGGAUUAUGAGUUUGCCCUGUGUCCUAACUUUGAAAAUUUCCCUUUUCUCUGCUUACCUCCCUAUCCCCAUUUGUGCGUGCUAGCUGUUUGGUUCCCUCCGCUCUAGAGAUGGCUGCAUUUUAGUGGUGAGUGACGUAAUUCCUGUGUAUAGACUGAAAUGCAAGUUUGGGAUGAAAGGCGCUCUGUUAGAUAGUAUAACUAUUUAUUUACAUAGGAAAAUAUCAUUUGUCUUGCUCCUUUCCACAGCUAGCGAGCUCAGGAGCAUGAUUCUCUGGACACUUGUUUUUGCUGUUUAAAUGCUGAUGUAACAAUUAAAGUAACUAUCUGAAGGACCCCAGCAAACUCACUUUUCACAGAGUCCCUGGCAGGGGACAUUCUCCAGGGAGACAAGAUGAAUAUCAAAGCAGUCAAAGUUCUCUGUCUGCUGGGGGUCUUUUUCCUCAUGCUGCUUGGGUCCCUCCUGCCCGUCAAGAUAAUAGAAGCGGAUUAUGAGAAAGCUCAUCGCUCCAGAAAGGUCAUUGCCCUCUGCAAUUCCUUCGGAGGAGGGGUCUUCCUGGCCACCUGCUUCAACGCCUUGCUCCCCGCCGUACGAGAAAAGCUUCAAGAAGUUCUCAAGCUUGGGAAGGUGACCACAGACUACCCCCUGGCCGAGACCAUCAUGCUGCUGGGCUUCUUUAUGACUGUCUUUGUGGAGCAGCUCAUCCUGACCUUUCGGAAGGAGAAGCCUUCCUUCAUCGACUUGGAGACCUUCAACGCCGGCUCAGACGUCGGGAGCGACUCAGAAUAUGAGAGCCCCUUCAUAGCAUCUUCCAGAGGGCGCACGCUUUACCAUGAGCACAGCCACCACUCCCACAGCCAUGGCUUGAACGUCCAGGAGCUUUCCCAAUCCAGCCCCUUGCGGCUCUUCAGCCUGGUGUUUGCCUUGUCUGCCCACUCCAUCUUUGAGGGCCUGGCCCUGGGCCUCCAGGAGGAAGGAAACAAAGUUAUGAGUCUGUUCUUGGGCGUGGCCAUCCACGAGACGCUGGUGGCUGUGGCACUGGGCAUCAGCAUGGCUAAGAUCUCAUUAACACUGAAGGACGCUGCCAAGCUAGCACUUACGGUGAGUUUGAUGAUUCCUUUGGGCAUUGGGAUCGGCAUGGGCAUCGAGAGCGCCCAGAACGUGGCCAGCAGCGUGGCUUCUGUGCUCUUACAGGGCAUUGCUGCGGGAACUUUCUUGUUCGUCACCUUCUUUGAGAUCCUGGCAAAGGAACUGGAAGAUAAGAAUGAUCGCCUGCUGAAGGUCCUCUUCCUGGUCUUGGGCUACACGGCCUUGGCGUUGCUCGUCUUUUUCAAGUGGUGAAGGCUGGAGCGACGGACAGUAAACCCCGACUCCUCCCCGUUGUAAAUGGUGCCGAGAACAAGACCCCUUUCCAGCCAAGUAGGGACGCAGAGGAACACCACAGUCUGGGGGGUGUUUACGCAUCGACCUGGCAAAGGGAGAAUUGUUCCCUAGGGGUGCACAGAAAAUAAGAUUGAGUAGUGUCCAAAAAGAGGUUUCGUGUGGCAUUGGAACAAUGGGUUGGGGAGUUGGUGCAGGGAUUGCUGGAGGUCGUGGUGAAGUAGUUGGCUGUAACGUUGCCUCCGAAGGGACCUUGUCAGCUGUGCGCUCUGCUAUUUGUCUAGAGAUCCCACCCCCCAGCACAGGAUAACCUGUGUCUCCUGCCUUCAGGCUCUGGGCUCCGAGGAGGUGAAAAGCAAUGGAGAAAUCAAACUGAAAGCGGGCUGGGAUAAUGGAGCGUAAGACAGCACUAAGCUGCUUGUACCAGUUUAGUUUUGAGUAGAAACCUGGCUGGUGUUAUUACCUGCCAAAAAUAUCAACUGUUCUGGGAUACAACAAAUGUCUUUUAGGUGUGAUUUGGGCCAGGAUCCUCUGGUGGCAGAGCGUCCGUUAACCCACACAAAGUCCAUCGGGUCGGUAUUGUUCCUGAGAGAUUAAUCAAAGAAACAGGCCAGAGUCCUUUUUACCCCCACGUGUCACGUUCCAUCACUGUUGUCUGGCCCUUCAUUGCACAGUCACUGUUGUGAAUCUCUAGGAGUUUGGGUAAUGAUCACUUUGGAAAAUGUAGCGUUAAAAUCCAAAAUCCUUUCCAAAGCAUCCAGGGAGCUCUGGCUACAUGGUCUUGAAUUUGUACAAAUGGAUGUUUGCAAUUUCCAGAAUCCAUAGUUCGGUCAUUUCAAUUGUCUGAGGUGGAUUUUGGUUUGUGGGGGGGUCACCCUUGGAUGGAUCUGAAAUGGCUCUCCCAAAGCCACGUCUUCUUUGUGCUAACGUGUUUGCUUCUCUCUUAUACCGGCACAUCUGUCCCAUAUGGUGACUGACGAGGACCAACUGAUGGUGUCCGGCAACCAAUAUUUUAAUUGCUACAGAACACCAGAGUUAAUUAAUCUUACUUGGAAGAAAUGGGGAGGGGCUAAUUUUAGGCCUCAGAUGACCCCAGUUAGCAAGGGCCAAUUAAAAUUCAGUUUGGCUUGAUGUGCCAAUUUGGUGCCCAAAUACAGAAUUGUGGGCAGGUGGCAUUGCAAACGUUCUCUCUGUUUUCUCACUCAGAGCUAGCCACCACAUGGAGGUUUGGCUCCUGUGCUGCAGUCACAGCCUAUCCUGCUGCUUCUAUCGCUCGUCCUUCAUUCUGGCCUCUGGUUUUGAUGGCGAGACAGGCAUAGUGUCCAUAAUGACUUGGCUAUUUCUGCGUGUAAAAAACAUUCAAUCAGAUAUGCAAACUACACAACGGCUGUAAAACACGAGUGGCAAGGGAGUAUCCUUCGGGGUCUUUGAUGCCGUGAGAUAGGAUAGAUUGUAUUCUUUCCUGCUCUCCCACGCCACCUUAGUAUCCGGGAAUCUAUCCGUUUGGUUUGGAUCUUGAAUCGUCCUCACCACUGGAGUGACUGAAACCUGGGGGAUGAGUCCAGAUGUUCUGUGUUCAAUUCUGACCCUGCCACAGAAGCCCUGAGUGACCUUGGAUAGGUCUUUCCCCCUCUGUAAAAAGGGGCUAUUUAUCCUGCCUCCUGGGGGUGUUGUGAGAAUUAGCCAGUUAAUGUCCCAGCUACGGAAGUGCUGAGUAUUAUCAUUAAAAAGGGGUGGUGCGUGCAGUGAGAAUGGACCCCAACGGGUUUGAUGUGGGCUUUAAUGUGAGGCCACGGGCAGUUCACAGGGGGCUGCUUUUAUGUUGUUCAUUUUGUAAAUCAAAGGUGGGAUGGGUAUUGCUGCUGGUCUGCGUCUGGCUGCAGACCCUUUUGUCCUGCCCAGGCUCCAUCCUGCAGGUAGGCAGCCAGAAGAUUUGAGCACCUCCCAGACAGUGGAAGUGGGCGGUGUCUGAGUGCCAGGGUUUUCACUUGCCCAUUUGUUCAAGAGCAUUUUGUUUUCCUCCACUUCCACAUUCAGGAACCUCCCCCAUCCUCCAACCCUUAGCUGGCCAGGCAGGGCUGCUAUUACAAUGUGGGAGCGGCAGUCUCUAUCAGACUGUCACAUGUACAGGCCUGUCAAUUCUCUUAUGCUCUGACUGUGACUGGGGCUGCGUAUUUUGGGGUAACGUGACCCGGAGAAGCGAGGUGCAGCAGAGUUGGCUCUCCCUUCUGUCGUCAGCUCUUUCCUGUAAGAGGAGCCAAAAUCCCCAGGUGGUAUCCGGAUUUGCCUCUCUCCUGUGGCGAACCACAACCACUGGCAGUGGCUGCCUUUUUACUGGAGCUCCCACGCACCUCUGCCAGCGCUUGUAGGAGCCCCUCGUAUUUGCUGAAUGUUAAUCAGAGCAAGGUAGGAGAUGGAGCGUCUCCCUGUAAGUGAUCCACAGUCUGAAGGAUGCUCUCAAGCUAAAUCAAUAGCCAAGGCUCAUCCCAGCAAAGCUCCAGUGAUUUGCAGGAACGUGCCUACCCCAGUCCAAACCAGGAAUAGAUUUCCUGGCCCAGAAAGAUGCACUUGCUCAGUGGUACGUCUGGGUUAAGCGCCCCUCUCUGCAGAGUUUGUCCAGAGGAGAGAGCAAGAGUCCACGUUUCCUUCUCUGGGAAGUUAGCAGCAUCUUCUGUCAGCAUCCGUCCCCCACCCUGCUACUGCUGAGUGGGUGCCUGGCUCAGGCCUGCAGGAAGCCUCUUCAGGAGUGCAGGCGAGAUGACUUACUCUCUGCUGGGACACACAGGAAAGCUGCCCCGUGGCUCUGGGCAUGUGUUUGUGCGUGCGCACGUGUCCGUCCCGUCCCGUCCCCCCGGCCAGUGCUGCAGGUUUCCUUCCAUGGAACGUGGCUUUGAUUUCAUCUUGACGUUCUCGUAGCAAGAUCUCAGGACAGAUUGCUGGCCUUUAUGGACAGGGAGCUGCAAGGUCCGGCCCAGGCGCUGCACCGUGCUGAAAUCCUCCCAGUCGCAUCAGAUGGUAGAAGGGCCUUUGCAGCCGUUUACAUGGCCGGAGUUAAACUGGGGCAGGCGCGGGGUCAUUCAGCUCCUCUCACUGAAUGUCAUGCGCACACAUACCAUGUAGAGGAAGGGCUCCUCCUUUCCAGCGUGGGAUGAGUGAUGUAGACGUGCACGUGGAUCCCAUCCGGGCCCCUGGGAUGAUGUGUUUGGUCUGCCGAGGUUUUAACUUGUUCUAGCUACCGCUCAGCCUGCAGUUUCUUGUAUCAAGAAUGUCUAUACUGCCAUUUCUAGCCCCGCAAGCCAGAGUCAAUUCACCCAGGCUCGGUGCCUCGGCCCCCCAGUAGACACACCCCACGACACAAAAGGAGACAAUGGCCAAACUUAAAACUAGUCUUUGUAACAAGGAGAAAUACCUGGCUUUAGCGCAGUUGCCUUCCCGGCCCAGACUAGAAAGAACGGUGAAAGUUCAGGGAACUCGAAUGGCUCUGAAAAUGUCACUCCCAUUUUCGUCUCUCUCAUAAACGCUGGGUUUCUCCAAAGGAGUGUCAAUUCGGGAAUAGUGCUGUGGUUAGAGAGAGAUAGCUAACCUGUUAGUGGAAACAUCCCCUCGGCAGGGCAGAAGGUGUGUUCUCCAAUCAGAUAUCCGAUUUUCACCUUCUGUUAAAGACCAAGUGAACUGUACCGCUUUGGUGUAGAUUUCAGUUUCAAAAUAGUUUAUUUUACAAGCGUAUGUCUCGAUUCUGCAGUCGGAUCCAUACAGAGGGACCCUGCAAUAGCACAAAUCCGAUCAGAAAAUCGGCCCUAAUGAAGGGACAAAUAAUUGAGUACACUGUGGGGCAUGAGGAAGUUCUGAUUGUUGUCUGUGUUGUGUGUCCAUAUGAUUGUUGGUUCCCAGACGCGCUGACUGACCCUUCUUACCCUGCCUCUGUACCGUAUUUCAUUGUGGUCCGGGGUAAUGUGUUUUUGAGCUAGACAAAUGCAAUGAAUUGAAUAGAAUCUAAGCGAAAAUCCAUCAGCUGCUCUGAGUUUAAGAGCGAGGAGGGCUCCAUGGGAAGUGAAUUUUAGAGCGCACUGGGGUUCUUCAGUGCUUGUGUCACAUCCUAAAUGGAUACGUGCGAACAGGGGCAUAGUCCCGGUGCUGUGGUUGCCACAUACAGACGACUCCUUGGAAGAAGAGGCAGUCCCUGGUGUUUUUUUUUUUUUAAGCAAGGGCUAGGCAGACACAUCUGCAGCCUUUAUAAAUGGGACAGGGCGGUGGUUGUAAAUAGGAAUGCUGGUGUCGGUAUUAAUAUCUAAUAUGGGACAGAUCUAAAUGUCAGAUAACAUGGGUUAGAAAAUCAGGGGCUAUCUGGAUUUAAAUGAGUAUUUAACCACUGGGCCUCGUUGGGCAUUUUAGAUUGUAGUUCUCUGACCUUCUGGGGAUCCCUUUGUAAGGGGGAGAAUCUCUUCUUGGCCCAUCUGCCCUCCUGGCAUCCAAGUCCCCCAUCCCUGAUCUUCACUGUCCCCUUCUGUGGCUCUGUCCGGAGAGAUGUGUUUGUCUCCUAGCGGAGGGGUUGGGGUUAAAGUCCUAAUGCCAAAGCAGACAACACUAGCUACGAGAUUUCUUUAAAAGAACUCUGUGGUGUCCAAGGGUCAUCUGCUCAGGACGGGCAAAUCUCUUGGUGUACCCCAAGCUAUUAGCAAAGGGCUAAAGGCAUUUUCAGAUUGUUUACACACACACACACACACACACACACACACACAGAGAGGGGCUGACACUGUGGGGAUUGCUCUUGUGCAAGAGAUUGUGUGCACAGAAGAGGAAAGUGAAUUGAAAGCCCUCCUGGUAUGGACCGAGGUUUGGUGCUGGAUGCAGUCCCAACCCUCAACGCAGGAUUGAUUGUACUUGUUAAUAUUCCUGCAGAAGUACCCUUUAGAGCCAGCCUGGCACACGUGGGGCGAGGGGUGCUGGUCAGUCCUCAGUUUCCAGGGUUCCAGCUGGGCUGAUGGAAGGGGCGAGCCCUUUGCAAUCAAGGCAGGUUUCUGUUUUGAUAGACUUUGGGAUUUAACCCCUUAAGAGCCACAAAGGUGGCCCGUUUUGCAGGUGGAUCAGGGCUGCGGGGUUGCUAAAAGCGCUGUCUAAGGUCACACCUUUUCCUGUUACUCUCUGUGCCCCAGAACGAGCCACCCGAGUGUGUGAUGGGAAUAUUUAUUUAACUGCGCGGGCAACUUGUGGUGGUUAUUUGUACGGUUGUUAUUUUGUUUAGAAAAGCAGAACGCUGACAACUGCUCCCAAUAAACACUUUGUUCUUUUC